AUGGGAAGCGGAAUUUCCCUUAACUAUGAUAACAUUCAACCGCUUUUCACAGUAGGUUAUUGGGAUAUCAAGCGUGCUGUUCAGAAAUCUACAAAGCAACACGUUUGUCUAUGGGUUUUCGAUUAUCCAAAAAUUAAAGCCAAAGAAAGAAACACAAACGAUCGACAUAACUAUAUGGAAAAUGUUAUAGCUUCGAUUAAAGCUCAGCAGAAAGUACGGCACCCGAACAUUUUGAAGAUUUUUGAAGUUUCUGAAGAUAUGAAGAGUCUUGCCUUUUCUUCGGAACCCAUUGAGUUCCAAUCAGCGAAUGAUCCAUGUUUUACGCGUGAUGAAGCUAUUUUCGCAUCAAAACAAUUAGCUUCUGCAAUGCAAUUUCUUAAUGAAGACUGCCACACUGCUUAUUUGACUCUCAGUCCCGAAGCCAUCUUCUUUGACAAACAAUUCAAUCUUAAGUUAUGUCUAUUUACAUUUGCAAAACCAUAUAAAGAAAUUUCUCAGCCAAUUCAAAUGCGCGCACCUUGGACAAACAACACAAUGCACAUUCCAGCAAGAUACGCAGCUCCAGAAGUCAUUCACAACCAAACAAUUACAGUUCGCGCUGAUUCUUUCAUGUACGGCUUAAUUGUCUAUUAUUUCUUUACAAACAAGCAUGCGUUAUCUGCUAUAUCCCUUGAAACCCACAGACCCAGCGAAUUACAGUCCAAAUUCGACGAUAUUCCCGAAGAAUACGCAGAUUUGAUAAAACUAUGUUUUAACGACGUUGCGUCCUUGCGACCGAAUUUUAUUGCCAUCAACAACGAUGAGGCGUUCUCCAGUACCGUUUGCGACGCUUUCCAGUAUUUGCAGCAAAUUGACACGAAAGAUCCGAAAGACGUCUAUUCUUUCUUGUCAGGACUUGCCGAUAUAGUCCACGUGUUCUCCACGAGAAUUAAGCAGUACAUGUUCCUUCCGAUUUUCCUCAGAUUGGCCCAAACAGAUGCGAGGUACGGAAUCAUCAUUAUUCCAAUAGUUCUUACUAUAUCCGAGGCCCUUGAAAAAUCAGAGAUACUCCCUAUGAUUUUGGAGCCUUUAAGACCUUUAUUUGAAAAACCUUCAAAUCCUAUGUUAUGUAAGUCAAUUUUGAACAACAUCGAUUUCAUUUCUAGCAAUAUUUCACCAUCACAAUACCCAGCAUUCAUCUUCCCAGCAAUUUUCUUCGCUUUAGGUUCGAAUUCUUCGGAUUUAAUCCAAUUAGGUAUUACGAAGCUUCCAAUCAUCAUCGAAAACCUUUCAAGCCAAGUCUUAGCCGAUCAAAUACUUCCUAAGAUCGCUACAAUCAUUCCACAAUGCAAAGAUGCACAAAUUGCAACAUUAAACAUCAAUAUUAUCGAAAAAUUCGUUACUAAAUUAGAAAAUGACAUCAUCGCUGUUACGAUCUGUCCAAAGAUUCUCGAAUUAUACAGAAAACAACAAUGGGAUUCGAUUCCAUUAGAUUAUUACAAGAUUUUGUCACAAAUGUCACUCAAACAGGACACAAUCAUGAAGUUUAUCGUACCUAUGUGCACUGAAUUCCUUCAAAACAGAGGUCUUCCGGCAAAUUUACAAGGAAUUUACUUUAAUUACAUGUUGAAGUCGAUUAUGAUCGUUAUGAAGGAAAGAAAUAUCUCAUCCAAUGUCGAAGUACCCGAUACCGUCCUCCAGCAGACAAAUGAAGCUACUUCUCCCGAAAAUAAAGAUCCAUUUGGUGUCAGAUUGAAGAAAGUCCAACAGCAACAACAGCAACAGCCACCAAAACCACAGAAUCCACCAGAAGAAGAGCCAAAGAACAAUGAUCCGUUCGGAACUACUCAAUCUCAAUCCCAGAAGACGAAUUCCGGUUUCGGAAACGAUCCAUUUGGUUCUCAAUUACAGUCGAGCCAGCCACAACCGUCAAAAACCGCUGAUUCUGGUUUCGGAUCCGAUCCAUUUGGAACAUCUCAACCGCAGCAGGCCAAAACAACAUCCGGAUUUGGUAAUGACCCAUUUGGAUCACAACAGCAACCUGCAAAGCCUCAACAGCAACCUGCAAACUCAGGAUUUGGAAAUGAUCCGUUUGGAACAACUCAACCAACUAAGCCACAGCCACAGAGUUCAUCAGGAUUCGGUAAUGAUCCAUUUGGAACUACACAGCCUAAGAAACAAGAGAAUUCUGGCUUUAAUUUCACUACUUCUGAAAAUAAACCAGCUCCAAGCAACAACGAUGGCUUUAACUUCGCAGAUGAUGACGAAACUCCUCAAAAUAAUAAUGACUUCUUUGGAAACCAAAAUAAUCAAAAAUCCAACUCAGGAAUUGACGAUCCGUUCGGAAAUAAGCCACAACCAGCUAAGCAACCGACAGCCACAUUCUCUACUGACGCUUUUGCUUCAUCUCAGCCCCAGAAAAAGCCACAACAAAAUUCUGGUUUCGGAAACGACCCAUUUGGAACAACUCCACCGCAAAAGCCACAAGAUAAUGGAUUUGGAAACGAUCCAUUCGGCUCCCAGCAGCAGAAACCUCAACAAAGUUCUGGUUUCGGAAAUGAUCCUUUCGGACAACAGCCAAAACCACAGCAACAGCCACAAAAUUCAGGGUUUGGAAAUGAUGUAUUCAGUUCCCAGCCUCAGAAACCUCAACAGAACUCCGGAUUUGGAGAUGAUCCAUUUGGCCAACCACAGAAGCCUCAGCAACCUUCCAAUUCAGGAUUUAGCAAUGAUCCAUUUGGUUCUCAGCCACAAAAACCUCAACAAAAUUCUGGAUUUGGAAAUGAUCCUUUCGGACAGCCACAGAAACAAUCUCAGCCUCAAAACAAUGGUUUCGGAGAUGAUAUGUUUGGUUCCCAACCACAGAAGCCACAGCAAAACACUGGAUUUGGAAAUGAUCCAUUCGGACAACAACCAAAGCCACAACAACAGCCACAAAAUAGUGGAUUCGGCAAUGAUGCCUUUUCACAGCCCCAAAAACCUCAACAGAGCUCCGGAUUUGGAGAUGAUCCGUUUGGCCAACCAAAACCACAGCAACAGCCAUCAAACAGCGGUUUUGGCAACGAUAGUUUUUCAAAGCCCCAGCCAAAGCCAUCAAACGGAGGCUUUGACACUGAUGUUUUCGGAGCAAGGCCACAACCGCCGAGAUCCAACGAUCCAUUUGGAACAACCCAGCCACAACAGAGCUCUGGAUUCGGAAAUGAUGCUUUUGGAUCUUCCCAGCAGAGCCAAAAUUCCGGAUUUGGAAAUGAUCCGUUUGGCCAGCCACAGAAACAGCCGCAGCACAGGCCAUCAUUCGGUGGCGAUGUUUUUGCUACUCAGCAGCCGCAGCAAAUGAACAGAAACGCUUCAACAGAUAUAUUCGCAAGUUCGAACUCGGGAUUUGGCAACCAGUCUCAAAACAAUGGAUUUGGAAGUCAAAAUAACAUGUUUGGAAAUCAACAACAGCAACAAAAUCAGAAUAAUUUUUCUGGAUUCGAGUUCGAGUAA